GCCCGAGGAUUGGUUGAGGCGGGGGUGGUCGCGGGGAUCGGGACCGGGGAAGCGGAAGCGGAGCGGCAGCGGGCGCCAUGGAGGACUACCAGAACGUGCCCAUCGAUAUCCAGACCGGCAAGCUCCUGGACUGGCUGGUGGACAGGAGACACUGCAGCCUGCGGUGGCAGAGCCAGGUGCUGGCAAUCCGCCAGAAGAUCGACGCGGCCAUCCAGGACAUGCCGGAGAAUGAGGAGAUAAAGCAGCUGCUGGACGGAGCCUACCUGCACUACUUCCACUGCCUGAGGAUCGUGGAGAUCCUCAAGGGCACCGAGGCCUCCACCAAGAACCUCUUUGGGCGCUACUCAUCCCAGCGUAUGAAGGACUGGCAGGAGAUCGUGGCCCUCUAUGAGAAGGACAAUACCUACCUGGCCGAGCUCGCCAGCCUCCUGGUGCGCAGCAUCAGCUAUGAGGUGCCGUCGCUGCGGAGGCAGCUGGGCCGGUGUCAGCAGGCGCAGCAGGACUUCGCCCGCCGUGACGAGGACUGUCAGCUAGGGGCGGCCGAGCUGCGGGAGCGCUUCUUCGCCUCCUGCAAGCAGUACGGCAUCACUGGUGACAACGUGCGCCAGGAGCUGCUGGCCCUGGUGAAGGACCUGCCCUCGCUACUGUCCGAGAUCGGGGCUGGAGCCAGCGCGCUGUCCGAGGCCAUUGAGCUGUACCAGGCCUGCGUGGAGUUUGUGUGCCAGAGCCCCGCGGAGCCAGUGGUGCCGCUGCUGCGGUACGUGGGGAGCAGAGGCAACACCACUGUGUACGAGUGGAGGACGGGGCAGCAGCCCCGGUGUGUGCGGCGGCCGGAGGCGCCGGCGGAGGAGCCAGAGCAGCCGAGGGAGGACACGAUCAACUGGGGAGAUUUCACACUGGAGCCGACCAAGGUGGAGGAUGGGGCCGCUGUCGAUGAGGGAGCCCAGGGAGAGGGGAUUGACUGGGGGAUCACGCUAGAGCCCAGUCCUCAGCAGGAUGAGGGCAUUGACUGGGGAGGUGGUGGAAGCGAGGAGGUGCAGAUCACAGUGCUGGAGGCUGGGACUGAGGAGCCUGAGGGGGUUGCCUGUGGCCCUGAUGCCCUGACACUGCUGGAAAACACCGAGACCCGAAGCCAGUUCAUCGAUGAGCUGAUGGAGCUGGAACUGUUCCUGGCCCAGCGACUGGUGGAGAUGGAGGAGGAGGCCGACGUUGUGUCCAUCAGCCAGUUCCAGAUGGCCCCUGCUGUGCUGCAGGGCCAGACCAGUGCCCACGUGGGCUCCCUCCUGGCCACCACCCAGGCGCUGCUGGGGCAGCUCUGUGCCCGCAGCAUGCAGCAUCUCUUCAUCAUCCUCGCCUCUCCCAGGUACGUGGACCGUGUGAGCGAGGUGCUGCGGCAGAAGCUGAAGCAGGCGGAGCUGCUGCUGGCCAAGGGCGAGGGCAUGCGGCGGAAGCAGCAGGAGGCCCUGGCAGAGCAGGCGGCCCUGGAGCCCCAACUCGACCGCCUGCUGGAGAGGACUAAGGAGCUCCAGAAGCUGAUCGAGGCUGACAUCUCCAAGCGCUACAGCGGGCGGCCAGUGAACCUGAUGGGUGUCACCCUGUGAGCCCCCCUCAGCUGGGCACCCACGGAGAGGGGCAGGGUGUGAGGGGUCCCUCUCCCCAGCCCUCCCAGUCACAGCCCCGUGGGGCCAGUAAUGUGGCUGUGGCCUUUGUCAUGGUUUGACAUGACAUCCUUUUCUGUUAAGGGGGAAGGGGCUGUAAAGAUGGCUCCUGGAAGAAGUUGCUCACAACUCUCCCCAGCUCUGAGCCAGACCCACUUCUGGGGCUGAGCCAAUUAGAUGCCUCCACGAUCACUUUUUGAGAAGAAGCUGGAAGAGGAGGUUUCUUCCUCCAUCUUCUUUCUUCUGCCCUUUUCUUCUUCUGGCUGCUAGUGAUGCAAGGAGUAGGAACAGUGAGAUAAACAACCACAUGGACUCCCAAGGUCAGUCAUGAAAGAGAGGAGGAGGUGUGCUGGAGCAGAGACUCCCCUGCAUUCUAUGGAGAGAACUGGUGAAGCUGACAUUUGUUUGCAUUUCUUUAAAGACCCCACAUCAGCAGUAGAGACUCAUUCUGCUAAUGACCCCAUAUCAGGGACAGCAAUUCACUUCAUUAAAGGCCCUGAGCCAGGGACAGUGACUAUGGCUGGAAGAGGCCGUGUCCCAUGGGGGGGACCCAACCACUUCACUGCAGACCCCGAGCCAGGGGCAGUGAUUUUCUUCUGUAAAACUAUGGCUGGAGCAGGCCGUGUCCCGAGGAAGGGACCCAAUAUCCACAGCUGUAACUGUGGGGAGGAACCCACAACAAAGCAGCUCAUUAAACUUAUGCCCAGAAGAGGCCUUGUCCCGAGAGAGGGACCCUCCAACUGCAGAAACUGCAACCGCGGUGAAGAAUCCACGCCAGAGAUAUUCCCCAAGGACUGUGUCCCGUGUGAGGGACCCUGUAUCUGCAGAAGCCGCAGCUGCUGGGAGCAACCCACACCAGAGAAGUUUAAGGACUGUGUCUCGGGGGCGGAACCCCAUGCUGGAGCAGGGGAAGAAUGCCAGGAGUCCUCCUCAUCUGAGAAGACAGAAGUGGCAGAGCCCAUCUGUGAGAGACUGACCACAUCCCCCACUCCCUGCCCCCCUGAGCUGUUGCGGGGGAAGGAGGUGGAGAUAUGGGGAGCAGUGAGCUGGGCCUGGGAUGAAAGGAGGAAUGGGGGAGGGAGAUCUUAAAGCACUGGUUGUCAUUUUCUCAUCAUCCUACUCCCUUUUUGCUUUUUGUUCUGUUCUGUUUCUUACAGAAUAAACUUUCCUACUUUCUAAGUCGAA